AUGGCAGACGUCGACACAGAAUCGCCAGCACAGCGUGCAGCUCGUCUGCGCCGCGAGAAGCGCAAUGCGAAGAUCCAGGCCGAGGGCUCAGACAGACUGGCAAGAAUCACGCACAUCCAUGACACAACCCCCACCAAACCCGCACAAGCUACGCCAACCAUGACACCACAGCAUGCAUCCGUCGAGGACCCGGACGAGGUCGACAUCUCCGAGCACUACUGGACACCCACUCCUUCAGACCAGACUCAACUCGCCCGUCUACAGCAACAACCGCAACAGUCUCCCUUUGCACGACCAGGCCAGCAAGAUGAGGAUCCUAUGCUCAAGAUGAUGCAGUCAUUGCUCAGUGGAGAUCCCUCAGCAGCGGGCGGCAUCCCGGACUCGGCCAUGGACGACCUGCCUCCCAUGCUCAAGGCUAUGAUGCAAGGUCAACGCGCAACUCAGCAACAAGCUUCACCACCCACCGGCUCAACCUAUCUGUGGCGUAUUGUCCACGCUCUCUUCGCGCUCGCUCUGGGCAUCUACAUCGCAGCCAGCGGCACUUUCAACGGCAGCAAGUUCUCACGUUCAGCUUCGCUCCAAGAGUCGGACUUUGGCCCUAGGCUGUUCUACAUUUUUGCAACUGCCGAAGUAGUAUUGCAGUCCAGCAGAUACUUUAUGGAAAAGGGAAGACUGCAGGGAAGUGGAUGGUUGGCUACGAUUGCAAACUCGGGCCUGGUGCCUCAGCCAUGGUCCAACUACAUCAGCAUGUUGGGCAGAUAUGCUGUCAUCUGGCAGACGGUUGUUGCAGACGCCAUGGUUGUUGUGUUUGUGCUGGGCUGUCUUGCUUGGUGGAAUGGUAUGGCUACUGCUUGA